ACUUGAAAAUUCGAGCCCACCGAGCCCACUGUCUUGGGAUGUUCACCGAAAACUUCAGUUUGCACCACACAUGUCGAUGAAAAGUGUCGAAGGUAGGAGAAUCACUUGGGCCAACAUAUAUAAGUUGGUGCUUUAAGUCGGCGCGAUCAUUUGAAUCAAUGAACUGACUUGAGACGCCACAGGAUCAUUGGAUUACAUUCAUACUCAAUGCAGUGAGAGUGAAAAAAUAUCAGUGGAUAAAAGACAAUUGAUUUUAUGUGCAAAUAGUGAAGUGUUGUGUGAAUAAAUGCGCUCACGUCAGUGAAUUCUCCAUUGGAAUUUUGGCUGAUUAAUCAUUAAGUCCUCUUCCAAUAAAUCACACAGCCAACACAUUGGCCGAUAUAAAUUGGAAUAAAGCUUGCAAAAUCCAGACAACACCAUCACUAAAAUGGGGGUUGACGCCAUAUCGUCCACAUUUGCAUACUGCGAGAUGAUGGAGUUGGAUUCAGUGGAGAAAACCACCCCUAAUGGUCACAAUAAUAUCAAGGAAGACCUACAAGAUUCAACGAUGAACAGUGAAACAAUCCAGGAGAUCAUUGAGUGUGAUAAAUUGGCCAAUGAGGAUGAAAAAGUGGCAAGAAUAAGAGAAAUUGGAUCACAUACACCGAUAUUGCCAUCUGAAAUUGGCACAGAUUUUAACUUCAAGCGUGAAAUUGUGUGGUUUAACGCCAUCGGAUUCCUCCUUUUGCAUAUUGCUGCCCUCAUUGGGAUGCUUCUCGUUCUCUUCGGCCACGCCAGGUUCCUCACAGUGCUUUACACCGCUUGGCUCGUUUACGCGUCUGGACAAGGUGUAACAAUGGGCGCCCAUCGAUUGUGGGCUCAUAGAGCCUUCAAAGCCCACAUCACGCUACGCAUCUUCCUGCUCUUCAUGCACACCCUGGCAGGACAGAAUUGCCUGUGGGUGUGGGUUCGUGACCACCGUCAACAUCACAAGUACAGCGACACCGACGCCGAUCCCCACAACGCCAAUCGCGGCUUCUUCUUCUCCCACGUGGGCUGGCUCAUGUCCCGAAAGCACCCCAAAGUGAUUGAGUACGGGAAGAAGAUCGACAUGUCUGACCUGGAGGCAGAUCCGUGGAUCAUGUUUCAGAAGCGACACUACAAGAUCCUCUACACCAUCUUCGCUCUGUGCCUUCCAACAAGCAUUCCCAUCUUAUUUUGGAAUGAGAACCCAAUUGUAGCCCUCUUCCUGGCCUUCUUCACGCGCACCAUCAUUCAGCUCAAUGUCACAUGGCUGGUGAACAGUGCUGCACAUCUCUUUGGCACCCGGCCUUACGACAAGACAAUGCUGCCCGUCGAGAGCGCUUUCCUGGGAAUGUUGGCUGCUGGCGAAGGAUGGCACAACUACCAUCAUGCCUUUCCCUGGGACUACAGAGCGUCAGAACUGGGAACUCCCUAUAAUCUCACAGGAUACUUCAUCGACCGACUGGCUGAACUGGGAUGGGUGUGGGACAGGAAGACCGCCUCGCCAAACAUGGUGAAGAAUCGCGUCCUGCGAACUGGCGAUGGAUCACAUCAUGUUCAUGGCAACGAAAUCGAUCGAAACGCGGUGAAAACUUUCCGAAACUGGUGGAAAAGUCCACUUAAUCCUUCUUAUACAUCUCUCUACGUGCCUAAGCCAAAAACCCUGCAGUCCAAUGGAUAUGCCCUCAUCUCGGACGAGCUGGACAAAUCUGAACUCGAUGAGGAUCGACUGCAGAAAGAGAAUGAAGAUCUUCAGCAAAAACGCAAUGAUGAAGAAGCUCUCAAAAAUUUCAACAUCGCCAAAUACAUUGUUGACAAGUCACAAAUGGAAGAUGGCACCAAUGAAGUGAUCAACUAUGUCAAUAACAACAUAAAGCAUUCAACUCAGGCAAAGUCCACCCUCAACAUUGAAGAUGAUCCUGAAAUGGAGAAGAAAACGAGGGAAAGAAGUGGAGUGAGAAUUCGCCUGAGACAACCCUCAUCAAUUUCCACACAUGAAUCUUAAGCGAGACAAACUAUUUUACGGAAGGACUUACUUUUCCCACUAAUUUUAAGACAUUUAAUUUCCUAUUAUAAAGAUAUUCAAUGUACAAGAGGGAAAUAAAUUUAAUAU